AUGUCGGUCCUGAUUGCUGCCUUUUGGGAAUAUUUACAGGUCAUUGUGAACAUGCAAGGGGAGUUCAUUUCACGUUACUGGUACCAGCAGCUGCGGCGUGAUAUUUCCCAAUCUCAGAUCUUAUUGAUGGAAUGUGGCAGUGGGAAUUUUCGCUGUGACAAUGGACACUGUAUCCCUGCAGCAUGGAGGUGUGAUGGGACUCGAGACUGUUUGGAUGACACAGAUGAAAUUGGCUGUCCUCCCCAUUCCUGUGGGACAGGCUUUUUCCUGUGUCCUGUUGAGGGGACCUGCAUUUCCCGCUCCUGGGUGUGUGACCAGGAAAAGGAUUGUUCAGAUGGCGCCGAUGAACAUCAGAAUUGCGCUGGGACCACGUGUUCAAGUCAGCAGAUGGCAUGCUCCAACGGCCAGUGUAUUCCAAGAGAAUACAGGUGUGACCACGUGAGCGACUGCUCGGAUGGAUCUGAUGAGAGAAACUGCUAUUACCCAACAUGUGAUCAACUCACGUGUGCCAAUGGAGCCUGUUACAACACGAGUCAGAAGUGUGACCAGAAAGUGGAUUGCAGGGACGCCUCUGACGAAGCCAACUGCACUACACAUUGUUCACACAAGGAAUUCCAGUGUGGCAGUGGAGAGUGUAUCCUUCGUGCCUAUGUCUGUGACCAUGACAAUGACUGUGAAGAUAACAGCGAUGAACACAAUUGCACCUAUGACACCUGCGGGGGCCAUCAUUUCACUUGCUCCAAUGGCCAGUGCAUUAACCAGAACUGGGUCUGUGAUGGAGAGGAUGACUGCCAAGAUUCUGGUGAUGAAGAUGGAUGUGAAAGUAAUCAACGUUAUCAUACAUGUUACCCAAGAGAAUGGCAUUGCCCAGGGUCUGGACGGUGCAUCCCAAUUGACAAAGUUUGUGAUGGAGUUCCAGACUGCCCAGGCGGAGAAGAUGAAACCAACACCACUACUGGAAGACAAUGUGGUACGGGUAUCUGCUCGGUCUUAAACUGCGAGUACCAAUGCCACCAGACACCAUAUGGAGGAGAAUGUUUUUGUCCCCCAAGUCAUAUCAUCAACGUCAAUGACAGCCGCACCUGCAUUGAUUUUGAUGACUGCCAGAUAUGGGGAACUUGUGACCAGAAGUGUGAAAACCGACAAGGCCGUCACCAGUGUCUCUGUGAGGAAGGGUACAUCUUGGAGCGUGGGCAGCACUGCAAAGCCAAUAGUUCCUUCAGUGUGGCCUCCAUUAUCUUCUCCAAUGGUCGGGAUUUACUAAUUGGAGAUCUUCAUGGAAGAAACUUCCAGAUUCUAGUAGAGUCUAAAAACCGUGGACAGGCUAUGGGUGUGGAUUUUCACUAUCAGAAGCGAAGAGUCUUUUGGACAGACCCCGUGCAGGAUAAGGUUUUUUCCACAGACAUUAAUGGCUUAAAUACCCAAGAAAUCCUUAAUGUUUCUGUUGAAGCUCCAGAGAAUCUGGCUGUGGACUGGAUUAAUAAUAAACUUUAUCUGGUAGAGACAAAAGUCAACCGCAUUGACAUGGUCAACUUGGAUGGAAGUCAACGUAUUACUCUUAUAACUGAAAACUUGGGGCGUCCUAGAGGAAUUGCCGUAGACCCAACUGUAGGCUAUUUAUUUUUCUCAGAUUGGGCAAGCCUUUCUGGGCAACCCAAGGUGGAAAGAGCCUUCAUGGAUGGCAGCAACCGGAAGGAUCUGGUAAAAACAAAAGUGGGGUGGCCUGCUGGGAUCACUCUGGAUCUGGUGUCCAAGCGAGUUUACUGGGUAGACUCUCGGUAUGACUACAUUGAAACUGUAACCUACGAUGGAGUUCAAAGGAUGACGGUAGCUCGAGGAGGCUCCCUUGUCCCCCAUCCCUUUGGAAUAAGCUUGUUUGAAGAACAUGUGUUCUUUACUGAUUGGACAAAGCUGGCUGUGAUGAAAGCAAACAAGUUCACGGAGACCAACCCUCAAGUGUACUACCAGUCUUCUCUGAGGCCUUAUGGAGUGACAGUUUACCAUGCCCUCAGGCAGCCCAAUGCCAGCAAUCCAUGUGCAAGUAACAAUGGGGGAUGUGAGCAGGUCUGUGUCCUCAGUCACAGGACAGAUAAUGGUGGCCUGGGCUACCGCUGCAAGUGUGAAUUUGGCUUUGAACUGGACACUGAUGAGCGUCACUGUGUUGCUGUUCGGAACUUCCUGCUCUUUUCAUCAAAAACAGCUGUUCGAGGGAUCCCGUUUACCCUCUCCACCCAGGAAGAUGUCAUGGUUCCUAUCACUGGGAGUCCUUCCUACUUUUCUGGAAUUGAUUUUGAUGCCCAGUCCAGCACCAUCUUUUUCUCAGACAUAGCAAAAGAUAUCAUAUAUAAACAAAAAAUUGAUGGCACAGGAAAAGAAGUUCUCGCAGCCAACAGGUUGGGAAAUGUCGAAAGUUUAACUUUUGACUGGAUUUCAAGAAAUCUCUACUGGACAGAUGGAGGCCUAAAGAGUGUCAGUGUCAUGAAGUUGGCUGAUAAGUCCCGACGACAGAUAAUCAGCAAUUUAAACAACCCGAGGUCCAUUGUGGUGCAUCCCACUGCUGGGUUUAUAUUCUGGAGUGACUGGCAACGACCAGCUAAAAUUAUGAGAGCAUGGAGUGAUGGAUCUCACAUAAUGCCUAUAGUCAACAGUAGUUUGGGGUGGCCCAAUGGCUUAGCCAUUGACUGGAGUGCUUCACGAUUGUACUGGGUAGAUGCCUUUUUUGAUAAAAUUGAGCACAGCACCUUUGAUGGUUUAGAUAGAAAAAGACUGGGCCAUAUAGAUCAGAUGACACAUCCAUUUGGACUCACCAUUUUUAAAGAUAAUCUGUUUUUAACAGACUGGAGACUGGGUGCUCUUAUUCGGGUCAGGAAAUCGGAUGGCGGUGACAUGACAGUUAUUCGAAGUGGCAUUGAAAGCAUAAUGCACGUGAAAGCAUAUGACGUUGACCUCCAGACUGGGUCUAACUACUGCAGGGAGCCCACCCAUCCCAACGGAGACUGCAGCCACUUCUGCUACCCAGUACCGAACUUCCAGAGGGUGUGUGGAUGCCCUUAUGGAAUGAAGCUUCAGAGGGAUCAAAGAACAUGCGAGGGAGAUCCAGCCAGUGAGCCACCCACAGAGCAGUGUGGCUCCUUCUCCUUUGCCUGCGACAAUGGCAAGUGUGUGCCCAGUUCCUUCCGCUGUGAUGGCAUGGAUGACUGUCAUGAUAACAGUGAUGAACAUCAGUGUGGAGCGUUUAAUAAUACUUGUUCACCUUCAGCUUUCACCUGUGUCCAUGGUGGACAGUGUAUCCCUAGCCAGUGGUGUUGUGACAAACACAAUGACUGUAUAGAUGGCAGUGAUGAGCAAAACUGCCCCACGAGUGCACCUUAUUCAUGCCCAUCCACCUCUUUCACCUGUGACAAUCACAUGUGUAUCCCCAGAAACUGGGUCUGUGACACAGACAAUGAUUGUUUGGACGGAUCAGAUGAAAAGAACUGCGAAGCUUCAGGGACGUGCCAACCUACACAGUUUCGUUGCCCCGACCACCGCUGUAUCAGUCCGUUUUAUGUCUGUGAUGGGGACAAGGACUGUGUUGAUGGAUCUGAUGAGGCAGGUUGCGUGUUAAACUGCACAAGUUCCCAAUUCAAGUGUGCUGAUGGCAGUGCGUGCAUUGGCAGCAGAUAUCGCUGUGAUGGUGUUUAUGACUGCAAAGAUAACUCUGAUGAGGCAGGCUGUCCAACCAGACCUCCUGGUAUGUGCCACCCAGAUGAGUUUCAGUGCCAAGGAGAUGGUACUUGCAUCCCUAACACCUGGGAGUGCGAUAGACAUCCGGAUUGUAUCGACGGAUCUGAUGAGCACAAUGGCUGUGUUUAUAAGACUUGUUCUCCAUCUCAUUUCCUCUGCGACAAUGGAAACUGCGUCUACAGACCUUGGGUCUGUGAUGGGGACAAUGACUGCAGGGAUAACAGUGACGAGAAGGACUGCCCUGCCCCGCCUUUUCGUUGUCCCUUUCGGCAUUGGCAAUGUCCAGGCUACAACAUUUGUAUCAAUCUGAGUGCCCUGUGUGAUGGCAACUUUGACUGCCCAAAUGGGACUGAUGAGUCCCCACUUUGCAAUCAAGACAGCUGCUUACAUUAUAAUGGUGGGUGCACUCAUCAGUGUGUCCAAGGGCCCUUUGGAGCCACAUGUGUAUGUCCAUCAGGAUACCAACUUGCCAACGAUACCAAGACCUGUGAAGAUAUAGAUGAAUGUGAUAGUCCAGGCUUUUGCAGUCAGCACUGUGUAAACAUGAGAGGUACCUUCCGGUGCACUUGUGAUCCAGAAUAUACAUUGGAAGGUGACAGGCGGACUUGCAAAGUCACAGCAUCUGAAAGUUUGUUGUUGGCUAUAGCAAGUCGUGACAAAAUCAUUGUGGACAAUAUCACUGCCCACAUGCACAACAUCUAUUCACUGGUCCAGGAUGUUUCUUUUGUGGUCGCUCUUGAUUUUGAUUCAGUCACUGGUCGUGUCUUUUGGUCUGACUUACAGCAGGGCAAAACCUGGAGUGUCUUUCAAAAUGGAACAGACCAGAGAGUUGUACACGACAGUGGUCUCUCCGUGACAGAAACGGUUGCAGUAGAUUGGAUAGGUCGCAAUCUUUACUGGACUGACUAUGCUCUGGAAACAAUAGAAGUUUCUAAAAUUGAUGGAAGCCACAGGACAGUGCUGAUUAGCAAAAAUGUCUCAAACCCCAGGGGACUAGCAUUAGAUCCAAGAAUAGGUAACCAUCUAAUGUUCUGGUCUGACUGGGGCCGUCACCCUCGAAUUGAGCGAGCCAGCAUGGAUGGCACCAUGCGCACAGUCAUUGUCCAGGAAAAGAUAUACUGGCCUUGCGGCUUAAGUAUUGACUAUCCCAACCGACUCAUCUACUUCAUGGAUGCCUAUCUUGAUUACAUUGAAUUUUGUGAUUAUGAUGGACACAGUCGAAGGCAGGUCAUUGCUAGUGAUUUGGUUCUCCGCCAUCCUCACGCUCUGACUCUGUUUGAAGACUCUGUGUAUUGGACUGACCGUGCUACCCGUCGGGUUAUGCAGGCCAACAAGUGGCAUGGGGGGAACCAGUCAAUUGUAAUGUAUAGCAUUAACCAGCCUCUUGGGAUUAUUGCCAUUCAUCCUUCAAGGCAGCCCUCUUCCCCAAAUCCGUGUGCCUUGGCUUCCUGCAGUCACCUUUGCCUGCUUUCGGCACAGGCGACUAGACAGUAUUCUUGUGCCUGUCCUUCAGGAUGGAACCUCUCUGACGAUUCUGUCAACUGUGUGAGAGGUGAGCAACCUUUCUUGAUGUCUGUAAGAAACAGUGUAAUUUUUGGAAUACCCCUUGAUCCUGAGGUGAAGAGCAACGAUGCUAUGGUUCCCAUAGCAGGGAUACAGAAUGGCUUUGAUGUUGAAUUUGAUGACUCAGAGCAAUUCAUCUAUUGGGUUGAGAACCCGGGUGAAAUUCACAGAGUGAAGACCGAUGGCAGCAACAGGACAGUGUUUGCUCCUCUGUCUCUACUGGGGUCUUCUUAUGGCCUGGCCUUAGAUUGGGUAUCAAGAAACCUUUAUUAUACCACUUCUGCAAGUCGGUCCAUUGAGGUGGUGACCCUCCAGGGAGAUACACGGUAUGGAAAAACACUGAUUGCCAAUGAUGGCACCCCUCUUGGCGUUGGCUUCCCAAUGAGCAUAGCUCUUGAUCCUGUACGUGGGAAACUGUAUUGGUCAGACCAGGGGACAAACAGUGGAGUUCCUGCCAAGAUUGCAAGUGCUAACAUGGAUGGAACAUCUUUAAAAAUUCUCUUCACUGGGAACCUGGAACACCUGGAGGUUGUCACCCUGGAUAUCCAGGCGCAGAAACUCUACUGGGCGGUCACCAGCAGAGGCGUGAUCGAAAGAGGAAAUGUGGAUGGUACGGAGCGGAUCAUCCUGGUGCACCACCUGGCCCACCCGUGGGGUCUUGCGCUCCAUGGCCCCUUCCUUUAUUACUCUGAUGAACAGUAUGAGGUCAUUGAAAGAGUUGACAAGUUCUCUGGGAGCAACAAAGUAAUCUUGAGAGAUAAUAUUCCGAACUUGAGGGGUCUUCGGGUUUAUCACCGACGCAAUGUUGCUGACUCUUCCAAUGGCUGUAGCAACAACCCAAAUAGUUGCCAGCAGAUUUGCCUGCCCACACCAGGUGGAAUGUUCUCCUGUGCCUGUGCCAGUGGGUUUAAGCUCGGUCCUGAUCAUCGCUCCUGUACUCCAUAUAAUUCUUUCAUUGUUGUUUCCAAGUUGUCUGCAAUUAGAGGCUUUAGCUUGGAGUUAUCUGAUCAUGCAGAGGCCAUGGUGCCAGUGGCUGGCCAAGGACGAAACGUUCUGCAUGUGGAUGUGGAUGUUGCCUCUGGCUUUAUUUACUGGUGUGAUUUUAGCAACUCUGCGAGAUUCUCUAACGGAAUCCGUAGGAUCAAACCCGAUGGGUCUAAUUUUACCAACAUCGUUACCUAUGGCAUAGGAGCAAAUGGAAUCCGGGGCAUUGCCGUGGAUUGGGUAGCAGGAAAUCUUUAUUUCACCAAUGCUUUUGUAUCUGAAACACUGAUAGAAGUGCUACGGAUCAAUACCACCUACCGCCGUGUUCUCCUUAAAGUCUCUGUGGAUAUGCCUAGGCAUAUUGUUGUUGACCCCAAGAGUAGAUACCUCUUCUGGGCUGACUAUGGGCAGAAACCAAAGAUUGAACGCUCUUUUCUUGACUGUACCAAUAGAACUGUACUUGUUUCUGAAGGCAUUGUCACCCCUCGGGGCUUGGCAAUGGACCACAGCACUGGCUAUAUUUAUUGGGUUGAUGACUCCUUAGAUAUAAUUGCCAGGAUCCAUCUUGAUGGAGGAGAGUCUCAAGUGGUUCGUUACGGCAGUCGUUAUCCAACUCCUUAUGGCAUCACUGUUUUUGGAGAGUCUAUCAUCUGGGUUGAUAGAAAUUUGAAGAAAAUCUUCCAGGCUAGCAAGGAACCAGGGAAUACAGAUCCACCUGAAGUGAUAAGAGACAAUAUCAACCUGCUACGGGAUGUGACCAUCUUUGAUGAGCAUGCCCAGCCCCUCUCAGCAGCAGAGCUUAACAACAACCCUUGUUUGCAAAGUAAUGGCGGAUGUUCCCACUUCUGCUUUGCUCUACCUGAAUUGUCUACCCCCAAAUGUGCGUGUGCCUUUGGGGCUUUGGAAAACGAUGGCAAGAGCUGUGCUACCUCACGAGAAGAUUUCCUCAUCUAUGCCUUGAACAAUUCCUUGAGAAGCUUACACUUUGACCCUCAAGACCAUAGCCCACCUUUCCAAGAAAUGAAUGUGGGAAGAACUGCCAUUGCACUGGAUUAUGACCGGAGAAAUAAUAGAAUCUUCUUUACACAGAAACUAAACUCUGUCAGUGGCCAGAUUUCCUAUGUAAGCCUGUAUUCAGGGACCAGCUCUCCAAUUGUCCUACUUUCAGAUAUAGGCAUUAUUGAUGGGAUUGCCUUUGACUGGAUAAAUAGAAGAAUUUAUUACAGUGACUAUUCAAACCAGACGAUCAAUUCCGUGGCUGAAGAUGGGUCUAAUCGUGCUGUGAUAGCCCAUGUUCCCAAACCAAGAGCGAUUGUAUUAGAUCCUUGCCGAGGGUACAUGUAUUGGACUGACUGGGGUACUAAUGCCAAAAUUGAGAGAGCCACACUGGCAGGAAACUUCCGGGUGCCCAUCGUGAAUACUAGCCUGGUUUGGCCCAAUGGCCUCACUUUGGACCUUGAGACUGACCUUCUUUACUGGGCAGAUGCUAGCCGGCAGAAGAUAGAGCGUAGUUCUCUCACAGGCACUAACCGUGAAGUCAUCGUCAGCACUGCCUUUAAUUCCUUUGGCUUGACUGUCUAUGGCCAGUACAUUUACUGGACAGACUACUUCACCAGAAAAAUCUACCGGGCCAACAAGUAUGACGGGUCAGAUCUGAUUGCAAUGACCACUCGUUUGCCAGUCCAGCCUAGGGGUAUUUCCAGAGUUCUCAAGAACCAGCCGCAACAGUGCAGCAACCCUUGUGAUCAGUUUAAUGGAGGAUGUAGCCAUAUCUGUGCACCAGGUCCAAAUGGUGCCGAGUGUCAGUGUCCACAUGAAGGCAGCUGGUAUCUGGCCAAUGAUAACAAGUACUGCAUCAUGGACACAGGUUCCCGAUGUAGUCAGUCUCAGUUCACCUGCCUCAAUGGGCGCUGCAUCAUUGAGGAUUGGAAAUGUGAUAAUGACAAUGACUGUGGUGAUAACAGUGAUGAGCUGCAGACUCUCUGUGCCUUUCACACGUGCCCAUCUACAGCCUUCACUUGUGCCAAUGGGCGAUGUGUUCCCUAUCGCUAUCGUUGUGAUUACUACAACGACUGUGGCGACAACAGCGAUGAAGCAGGGUGCCUGUUCAGGAACUGCAACAGCACCACCGAGUUCACUUGCAGCAAUGGGAGGUGCAUACCCCUUGAUUUUGUUUGCAAUGGCAUAAACAACUGUAAUGAUAAUGGAACCUCAGAUGAGAAAAACUGCCCUCCCCGUACUUGCCUGCCUUCAUUCACAAAAUGCCAGACUACAAAUAUUUGUGUUCCCCGAGCUUUCCUGUGUGAUGGAGACAAUGACUGUGGAGAUAUGAGUGAUGAAAACCCCAUUUACUGUGCCUCGCAAACAUGCAGCAGCAGUGAGUUCCAGUGUGUCUCCCCUCGGCGCUGUAUUCCAAACAUUUGGUUUUGUGAUGGUGAAGCCGACUGUGCUGACCAGUCUGACGAACCUUCCUCUUGUGCUCCGACUGUGAACACUUGCACGGCUAACCAGUUCAGGUGUGACAAUGGCAGGUGCAUCUCAAGUACUUGGGUCUGUGAUGGUGACAAUGACUGCGGAGACAUGAGUGACGAGGACCAACGGCAUCAAUGUGAGAUUAGGAACUGCUCAGCUUCCCAGUUUGCCUGUAGAAAUGACAGAACUUCGAACAGGAGGUGCAUCCCACUAUCCUGGGUCUGUGAUGGUGAUGCAGACUGUAGUGAUGGCCUUGAUGAGCUGCAGAACUGCACCAGGAGAACCUGCUCCGCAGGAGAAUUCACCUGUGCAAACGGACGGUGCAUCAUGCAAUCUUUCCGUUGCGAUCGGCGUGAUGACUGUGGGGACUACAGUGACGAGAGAGGCUGCUCAUACCCCCCCUGCCGUGACGAUCAGUUUACCUGUCAGAAUGGACGAUGCAUCUCAAAGUUCUUUGUCUGUGAUGAGGACAAUGACUGUGGAGAUGGGUCGGAUGAGCAGGAGCACCUAUGCCAUACCCCGGAACCCACAUGCCCACCUCAUCAGUUCCGUUGUGACAAUGGACACUGCAUUGAGAUGGGGAAAGUCUGUAACCAUGUGGACGACUGCUUGGACAACAGCGAUGAGAAAGGCUGUGGCAUUAAUGAGUGCCAGGACACUUCAAUCAGUCGCUGUGACCACAACUGUACAGACACCAUAACCAGCUUCUACUGUUCCUGUCUCCCUGGGUACAAGCUCAUGUCUGACAAACGCACUUGCGUGGAUAUUGAUGAAUGCAAGGAGUCACCCCAACUCUGUAGCCAGAAGUGUGAGAAUGUAGUAGGUUCCUACAUUUGUAAGUGCGCCCCUGGCUACAUCCGUGAGCCAGAUGGGAAGACCUGUCGGCAGAAUAGUAACAUCGAGCCCUAUCUCAUCUUUAGCAACCGUUACUAUCUGAGAAACUUAACUACAGAUGGUGUACUUUACUCCCUGAUUUUGCAAGGACUGGGCAAUGCUGUGGCUCUGGACUUUGAUAGAGUAGAAAAGAGGCUGUACUGGAUUGACACCGAUAAGAAAAUCAUUGAGCGCAUGUUUUUGAAUAAGACAAACCGGGAGACGAUCAUAAGCCACAGAUUACUGCGUGCUGAAAGUCUGGCUGUAGACUGGGUCAGCAGAAAACUCUAUUGGUUGGAUGCCACCCUGGAUUGCCUGUUUGUCUCUGACCUUGAAGGUCGAAACCGCAAAAUGCUAGCCCAGCACUGUGUGGAUGCUAACAAUACCUUCUGCUUUAGAAAUCCCAGGGGAAUUGUCCUUCAUCCUAAAAAUGGGCAUGUCUACUGGGCAGACUGGGGUUCUCGAGCAUUCAUUGCAAGAACUGGCAUGGAUGGAACCAAUAUGUCUGUGAUUAUCUCUACCAAGAUAACAUGGCCCAAUGCCAUCACCAUUGAUUACACCAACGAUCUCUUGUACUGGGCAGAUGCUCACCUGGGUUACAUUGAGUUCUCUGAUUUGGAGGGCCACCAUCGGCAUACAGUGUAUGAUGGAACACUGCCUCACCCCUAUGCUAUCACCAUUUUUGAAGACACCGUUUAUUGGACAGAUUGGAAUACAAGGACGGUUGAAAAGGGCAACAAAUACGAUGGAUCAAAUAGGGUAGUGCUGGUAAACACAACGCACAGACCCUUUGACAUCCACGUGUACCAUCCGUACAGGCAGCCAAUUGUGAACAAUCCCUGUGGUAACAACAAUGGUGGCUGUUCUCAUCUGUGCCUCAUCAAAGCUGGAGGGAAAGGGUUCACCUGCGCAUGUCCAGAUGACUUCCAGACUGUUCAGCUGAGAGAUAGAACACUUUGUAUGCCCAUGUGCUCCAGCACACAGUUCCUGUGUGGUAACAAUGAAAAGUGUAUCCCCAUAUGGUGGAAAUGUGAUGGACAGAAAGACUGUGCUGAUGGUUCUGAUGAAUCAGAUCUGUGCCCACACCGCUUUUGCCGUCUGGGACAGUUCCAGUGCCGGGAUGGCAACUGCACAAGUCCCCAGGCCCUGUGCAAUGCUCACCAGGAUUGUGCUGAUGGCUCUGAUGAAGACCGGGUUCUCUGUGAGCAUCACCGGUGUGAAUCCAAUGAAUGGCAGUGUGCCAACAAGCGUUGCAUCCCAGAGGCCUGGCAGUGUGACUCGGUGAAUGAUUGCCAGGAUAACUCUGAUGAAGACAGCUCACACUGUGCCAGCAGGACCUGCAAGCCUGGCCAGUUCAGGUGUAACAAUGGCCGCUGUAUCCCUCAGAGCUGGAAGUGUGAUGUAGACAAUGAUUGUGGAGACUAUUCAGAUGAGCCUGUCCAAGAAUGCAUGACUGCUGCUUAUAACUGUGACAACCACACCGAAUUCAGCUGCAAAACUAACUACCGCUGCAUCCCAAAGUGGGAAGUGUGCAAUGGUGUUGAUGACUGCAGGGACAACAGUGAUGAGCAAGGCUGUGAGUCGGUGCCAUGCAAUCCCGGGGAUUUCCGAUGUAGAAAUCACCGUUGCAUCCCUCUCCGCUGGAAGUGCGAUGCCUAUGACGACUGUGGAGAUAGCUCAGAUGAGGAGAACUGUGUUCCUCGGGAGUGCUCAGAGAGUGAGUUCCGGUGUGCUAAUCAGCAAUGCAUCCCCUCUCGAUGGGUCUGUGACCAAGAAAAUGACUGUGGCGAUAACUCAGAUGAAAGGGACUGUGAGAUGAAGACCUGCCAUCCUGAACAUUUUCAGUGUACGAGUGGACAUUGUGUGCCAAAUUCAUUGACAUGUGACGGGAGAGCAGAUUGUUUGGAUGCUUCUGAUGAAUCCAGUUGUCCUACUCGCUUUCCAAAUGGUACCUACUGCCCAGCUGCCAUGUUCGAGUGUAAAAACCAUGUGUGCAUCCAGUCAUUUUGGAUAUGCGAUGGAGAUAACGACUGUGUCGAUGGUUCUGAUGAGGAGCUUCACCUGUGCUUCAAUGUUCCAUGUGAACCACCACAUCGUUUCCGGUGUGACAACAGUCGUUGUAUUUAUGGCCACCAGCUGUGCAAUGGUGUGGAUGACUGUGGAGACGGAACCGAUGAGAGAGAAGAACACUGCAGAAAACCAACCCACAAACCUUGUACACAAACUGAAUAUAAGUGUGGCAAUGGAAACUGCAUUUCUCAGCACUAUGUGUGUGACAAUGUCGAUGACUGUGGUGACCUUUCUGAUGAAAGUGGUUGCAAUCUAGGAGAAAACAGAACAUGUGCUGAAAACAUAUGUGAACAGAACUGUACCCAGUUAAGCAAUGGAGGAUUUAUCUGUUCCUGUAUUCCUGGGUUCAAAUCUAGUACUUUGGACAAAAAUUCAUGCCAAGAUAUCAAUGAGUGUGAGCAGUUUGGCAUCUGCCCCCAGAGCUGUCGAAAUAGCAAAGGAAGUUAUGAAUGUCUCUGUGCAGAUGGCUUCAAGUCUAUGGAUAGUCAUUUUGGAGAACGGUGUGCAGCUGAUGGAGACCCUCCUCUGUUGCUCCUGCCUGAGAAUGUUCGAAUCCGGAAGUACAAUGUCUCAUCAGAGAAAUUCUCAGAGUACCUGGAAGAGGAGGAACAUAUCCAAACUAUUGACUAUGACUGGGACCCCGAGGGCAUUGGCCUCGGUGUUGUGUAUUACACUGUGCUGGGACAGGGCUCUGAAUUUGGUGCUAUCAAACGUGCCUACAUUCCUGACUUUGAAUCUGGGAGCAAUAAUCCCAUUCGUGAAGUUGACCUGGGCCUGAAAUACAUAAUGCAGCCAGAUGGAUUAGCAGUGGACUGGGUUGGAAGGCAUAUUUACUGGUCAGAUGCCAAGAGCCAACGGAUUGAGGUGGCUACACUUGAUGGAAGGUACCGGAAGUGGCUGAUUACCACCGACCUGGAUCAGCCAGGUGCCAUUGUUGUGAAUCCUAAGCUGGGGCUUAUGUUCUGGACUGACCAGGGAAAACAGCCUAAAAUUGAGUCUGCUUGGAUGAAUGGGGAACAUCGCAGUGUUCUGGUCUCUGAGGACCUUGGCUGGCCGAAUGGCCUUUCCAUAGAUUAUCUGAAUGAUGACCGGAUCUAUUGGAGUGACUCCAAAGAAGAUGUCAUUGAAACCAUAAAGUAUGAUGGGACUGACAGGAGACUCAUCUUAAAUGAAGCAAUGAAGCCGUUCAGCCUGGACAUCUUUGAAGACCAGCUCUACUGGGUAGCCAAGGAAAAGGGAGAAGUGUGGAGACAGAAUAAAUUCGGGAAAGGAAAUAAAGAGAAAGUGCUGGUGGUGAACCCUUGGCUCACUCAAGUUCGAGUAUUUCAUCAGCUGAGAUACAAUAAGUCAGUGCCCAACCCUUGCAAGCAGGUCUGUAGCCACCUCUGCCUGCUGAGACCAGGAGGAUACACCUGUGCCUGUCCCCAAGGUUCCAGCUUCUUAAGUGGCAGUACCGUCUCGUGUGAUGCAGCCAUCGAACUUCCCGUCAUCAUGCCUCCCCCAUGCAGAUGCAUGCACGGAGGAAAUUGCUAUUUUGAUGAGAAUGACCUCCCCAAAUGCAAGUGUUCUAGUGGCUACAACGGAGAAUACUGUGAGGUUGGGCUCUCAAGAGGCAUCCCUCCAGGGACAACAAUGGCUGUGCUGUUGACAUUCCUGAUCAUCAUCAUCAUUGGGGCUCUGAUACUCCUUGGAUUUUUUCACUACAGAAAAACUGGCACCCUUUUACCCACUCUGCCCAAGCUGCCAAGUUUAAGCAGCCUUGCGAAACCCUCUGAAAAUGGAAAUGGGGUGACUUUCAGAUCAGGGGCUGAUGUUAGCAUGGACAUUGGUGUUUCUCCUUUUGGCCCGGAGACAGUUAUUGAUAGAUCAAUGGCAAUGAACGAAAACUUCAUCAUGGAGGUGGGGAAGCAGCCUGUGGUAUUUGAGAAUCCAACAUAUGCAGCUAAGGACAGCACUUCCAAAGCAGCCCUGGCAGCUCAGGGGCCGUCAAUACAUCCACAGGUGACUGUAACAGAAAAUGUGGAAAACCAGAAUUAUGGAAGUCCCAUGGAUUCUUCUGAGAUAGUUCCGGAUCCAAAGCCAGCCUCCCCGGGUGCUGAUGAAAUUCAGGGUACAAAAUGGAACAUCUUCAAACGAAAACCCAAACAGACCACCAACUUUGAAAAUCCAAUCUACGCAGAGAUGGACAGUGAGCAAAAGGAAGGCGUGGCUGUGGCCCCCCCUCCAUCUCCUUCUCUCCCUGCUAAAACUUCAAAAAGAAGUUCGACUCCAGGCUUCACUGCAACAGAAGACACCUUUAAAGACACUGCCAGUCUCGUUAAAGAAGACUCUGAUGUAUAGCUGUGCCAGCUCUCUAGGGAAUGAUUAGACACUCACUUUUGCACAUAUAUUUUUUACAGACAAAUGAAAAAAAGUUAACAUUCAGUACUUUAUUAAAAAAUAUAUUUUUCUCUGUUUGCCUAUAGUUGGAAGUGUGUUGUGUGUCUUUUUUACUCAUGCCAUUUCAUAUUUUUACAACUAUCACGAGGUACUGUGUAUAUCUUGCACUGAUGUUGUCCAAGGGUGAUGCUGUGAAUAUAUUGUACUUCUGUAAAUUUUGGAAGGAUUAUCACAUCUUUGCUAAUGAGAGUACUGGUGAGCUGAAGAAUAAGGAGUUGGCUUUAUAU